GCAGCGCCCGGAAGCUUUGGCCGCUGUGCCCCCUAUUUCCGGCAGCGCCGGCCACAUGACGGUGCUCCUCCCAAGAUGGCGGACAACCUGCCCUCGGAGUUUGAUGUGGUGGUGAUAGGGACCGGUUUGCCUGAGUCUAUUAUUGCAGCGGCAUGUGCUAGAAGUGGCCAGAGAGUUCUUCAUGUUGAUUCGAAAAAUUACUAUGGUGGAAACUGGGCCAGCUUUAGUUUUUCAGGAUUAUUGUCCUGGAUUAAAGAAAAUCAGCAAAAGACUGGUAUCAGUGAUGCAUGUGAAGACUGGGGAAAACUGAUCCUUGAGAAUGAAGAAGUUAUUUCUCUUAGCAAGAAGGAUAAAACUAUUCAACAUGUAGAAGAUUUCUGUUUUGGCGAUCAGGAUUCAGCUGAAAAUGUUGAAGAAGCCGGUGCAUUGCUGAAGCUGCCUGCCUUUGGAGCCUCUGAUGUUGACGGGGUUGCUCAGGAAUCAGAAAAGGAGUGCACACCGGUGGAGAACACCUUAGCAGAGGUGGAGAGCCAGGAACCAGAAAAGGCGACAGGCACAGAGCCAGCAAGCACAGUAGAAGGGAAUGAUCCAGAAAUAACCUCUGAGAAUGAAAGUUCUCAUAGUACGGCUUUAGAAGAGUCCACUCCCAAAACUGGAUCUGCACCCUCAGAAAGUUCUGCCCAAGGACCAAAGGAAAUCACAUAUGCCCAAAUUGUUAGAGAAGGCAGAAGGUUUAAUAUUGAUUUAGUUUCCAAGUUGCUGUACUCCCGAGGUCUGUUAAUUGACCUCCUGAUCAAGUCGAACGUUAGCAGAUAUGCAGAGUUUAAAAAUGCAACACGAAUUCUUGCAUUUCGAGAAGGAAAAGUAGAACAGGUACCUUGUUCUAGAGCAGAUGUCUUCAACAGCAGACAGCUCACUAUGGUGGAAAAGAGAAUGCUAAUGAAAUUUCUGACAUUUUGUUUGGACUAUGAACAGCACCCUGAAGAAUACCAAGACUACGAGAACAGUACAUUUGCUCAGUUCUUAAGAACACGGAAGUUAACACCAAGUUUGCAGCACUUCAUUCUUCACUCUAUUGCAAUGGUUUCAGAGACUGAUUGCAGCACUCUUGAAGGUCUUCAGGCAACAAAAAAGUUUCUUCAGUGCCUUGGCCGCUAUGGCAAUACACCAUUUUUGUUUCCACUGUAUGGUCAAGGAGAGAUCCCACAGUGCUUCUGUAGGUUGUGUGCUGUAUUUGGUGGUAUCUAUUGUCUUCGCCAUUCUGUGCAGUGCCUUGUAGUGGACAAAGAAUCUGGACGAUGCAAAGCUAUUGUGGAUCAUUUUGGACAAAGAAUAAGUGCUAACUAUUUUAUUGUGGAAGAUAGUUAUCUUUCAGAGAGCACAUGCGCAAAUGUGUGUUACAGGCAGAUCUCCAGGGCAGUGCUCAUUACAGACCAGUCUGUGCUAAACACAGAUGCAGAGCAGCAGGUUUCCAUUUUGACAGUGCCUCCAGAGGAGGUAGGGAAACCAGCAGUUUGUGUCAUUGAGUUGUGCUCUUCAACCAUGACAUGCAUGAAGGAGACUUAUUUAGUCCAUUUAACCUGUCCAUCAACUAAAACUGCUAGGGAAGAUUUAGAACCUGUUGUACAGAAGUUAUUCAAUCUAAAUGCAGAAAAAGAGACUGAAAAUGAAGAACUGGAAAAACCCAGAGUGCUCUGGGCCGUCUACUUCAACAUGAGAGAUUCUUCAGGAGUUGAGAAGAAGUCAUACGAUGGCUUGCCCUCUAAUGUUUAUGUCUGUUCUGGACCAGACUCUGCUUUAGGAAAUGACUGUGCUGUUAAACAGGCUGAGACCAUUUUCCAUGAAAUGUUUCCUACAGAGGAAUUUUGUCCACCACCACCGAAUCCGGAAGAUAUUAUUUAUGAUGAAGAUGAGAUUGCACCAGAAGAGUCUGGAUUCAGUAAUUCCCCAGAGACAAAACCUGAAUCCUCAACUGAGGAAAGCAGUAGCGGAGGUAGUAGUGCUGUUAAGAAGGAAGAUAACGAAGAAUGAGUUAACACUGUUCUCUUAGUAGAAGAGGAGGUUGACCCAAACUAGAAUGUAAGGGAGGAAGGGUAAGAAAAAGAGGUUUAAAAAUCCCAUAGCUGUAUUAUUUGCAAUUGCCUUACUUUCCUUAGCUUGAAUAAUCUUUUUUCAUCAGAUAGCUUCAUUGAUAGCUGAGACAUUUCUAAGUAGGUCCACCAUAUCCAGGGGUGUUUGUAGCUAAGCAGAAAACAUAGAACAAAGCAUUUGAAUUUAAAAUGUUAAAAUAGGAUUUAUGAUCUGUUGAGAUAAUUUCUUUUCAUUUUACAUCUUGAAAGGAAUCCUCCACCUUUUAAAAGUGAACAAUUUGAAACUAAUCAAAAUUGUGCAAGUUUGUUUACCAGUCAGAUGAUGAUCUUGUGAUAGAAUGUAUCAAAGUUCAACUAAAAGUCAUUGGACCAGUGCUAAUGAAACAGUGGAAGGUGAGCUUCACAAUCUGUUCUUCAAAGCGGUUUUAUGAAUGGAACUUAAAGGCAAUAUAUUGACAGUUCUGGAGUAGGUUUAGAAUAUGUAAUAGAUGUCAUGUUUAAUUUGUAUAAUGCAAAAUUUUUGUAUAGUUCUAAAACUGAUGCCGUAAUUCAGAAGCAAAUGCAACCCAAUAGAUGUUCCUCACAUGAAAAUAUUUUACGUUUGAAUUUUAUUUUUGUUCAGUAAGGCUUAAUGGAUCAUUCAUUGUCACUAGUGACUUAAUUUGCUGUAGUCAGGAAAAUAGCACAAUUUAAACUUCAUGCAAGAAUUCCCAACAAAAUGUAAAAUCAUAAAUGGAGUGUACCGGGUGUUAGUUGCCCUGGAUUUGUUGCAGUGUUUGGGCCUUUAACAAUUAACAAAGUUAAUUUUUUGAAGUAUGAUGUCUAAGAAGUUUAGAUGAUGAUUAGUUGAAGGGUUUUGUAGCAGGGAGAAGGUUCAACUGAUGAUUCCAAAGGAUUUUACUGAUCCUGGUUAAUAGGAUUAAAAUUAGCAUGGUAGCUGUAAAUGAUGUGUUUUGUAAUGAUAAAUCAUAAAGCAUUUAUACAAUAAAAUUUAUUGAAAUAUUUAUAAGCUGUUUGUAUGAAAAAUUACAAAAUGAGAAAGCUGUUGUAAAUGACUAUGAUAAACUUGCACUUCUGAACAAUGCUUGAAAUUAGGCAUUCAGAUGGUGAAUAACAUUUAGAAUUUACUUAAAUCUUUACCAUAAAAUGUGCACCCAAUAGAUGAGUAGUGUAUCGAAAUAAAGAGACAAGUGAUUUUUGAUGA